AUGACGCUCAAAGACGAUAAUUUUGAGACACUUUCAAAACUUGAUAAUCAUAUUGACUCUUUCACUGCAAGCCUUGAGAAUGGUCUCUUAUUAGACGCCACUUCAAACAUAACACAAGCCCAAGCUACAAACGCCUACAAAUUAUUACAAAAUGUAAAUCUUUUAUUAGAAAGACAGCAGUCAUACAAUACGGAUUCUAAUAAAGAUGUUAAAGUGGAUGAGAAAAUAACUAACAGAGUAACUGUUGCAUUCCAAGAUUUUAAUUACGGAUUUACCUUAGUGGAUGAAAAAAUAUAUGCAAUAAAACGGAAAAAUGAAGAUAAAAAUGAUGUUAAUAAAAAUAUUGAUAAUAAUAAUAUUGAUAAUAAUAGUAUUGAUAAUUAG